AAAAAAGACUUACUCUGUUGUUCGCACAUGUAAUUUUUGCACGCGAUAAAAAUACACUUAUUCUUCUUAUAAUUCGGUUUGUUUCUCAGUUUACUCUUGGUCCUGCAAGUGUUAGCUUAAACUAUAUAUCAUCUAAGAAGGUUGGGGAUUAAAACAAGUCUUAGGACAUCUGGUAAAUUCUGUCUUGAAGGGGAAAGACAAAAUAAAAAUGUGACAGAUAACGACAACCUAUGUUUAAGCUAAACUAUGACAAGCAGUGAAUGGAAUUUGUUCAGAGAUUGGAAGACAGCAGCAGGUAAUUUCUAUCAACGAAAAAAUUAUCACAAGCAAUGAAUCUGAUGAAUGGAAUUUGAAAAAAAAAAAAAGUUGCGUGAAAACCGGCAUUUUUGGACGUGUAGGAUACACGUUUUUUCUACCGGUAAAGAAAAUCACGCAACUAUUGGAAGCCUAUUUAUACAACAAUUGGAUUGAAGAACCUACAGUUUUGGUAACACACUUUGAUAAGAAGAACAGCUAGUAUCAUAACAGACAAGCAGCAAGAAUCAGUGUAGUCGUGAUGGGAAGAAUGAUGAAUUCAGGCAGCGGUUUGAGACAAGAAAACAAGCGAUGGUCGUUAAUCCAUGGUCCUCGUUUCUUGGCAGUCUUGCUGGUGAUAUCCAUGAUUCAUGUAGCAGCAAGUCAGAACGAGAUGGAUAUUCUUGAUCAAGGUUUGAACAAGAUUCGAUCCCCAAGACACACCAACACUCGAUCGAGCAUCGUUUGUAGCACCACUGAAUGCGUUAACGCGGCCAAUGAAAUCAAACGUUCGAUGAACCUGACUGCGGACCCUUGCAAUGACUUUUAUGAGUACGCUUGUGGGAGAUGGCCGACAAACAAUCCUUUCCCGCCAGGCUACUCGUAUUAUGGCCAAUUUGAUAAAGCCGAAUUGGUAUCAGAACAAUAUAAAAAAAGGAAAUUAGAAACGGCAAGUAUAACAGUCAACGGAGCUACCAGAGAAGUACGGCAAAUGCCAUCCAAUCUGUACAAAUCGUGCAUGAACGUAACGGCCAUCGAUAAUCUUGGUGACGCACCUCUGAGAGAACGUAUUAGAGAACUAGGAGGUUGGGAGUUGAGUGGAAACUGGGACGAGAAUACGUGGGAUUUUAAGGAUACCCUUCUUUUGAUGCAUAAAAUGAAACCCCGUACGGGACCUUUGUUCUUGUUAAAAGUAUAUACAUCUGGAAACAAUGCAAACAUCUUUAUAUCUCAAGAUGGAACAGUCCUCAAAGCGAAAAGUCAAUAUCAAAACCUAGCAUCAAAGGUACAGAUCGCCACAAAAGACAUGAUAGCAUACAAACAGUUGAUCAUCGAUGUUUUGCUCGAGUUGGGUGUCAAUGCUAACACCGCUGGCACAAAAGCAGACGAGAUUGUUCGUUUUGAAUUCCAACUUGCAGGCGUAUCUUUAACUCUGGUACAAUGGAUACAAUCAUUUUCGAACACGGUAACUCUUGCACAACUUAAACAACAAGUACCUCAGGUCGACUGGUCUCAUUACUUGAAUGGCCUGUUUGGAUCAACGAUUCCUGAUAGUGAAGUCAUUAGGUUACCUACGCUGUCUUACCUAAAGAAGGCGAUGAGUAUAGUGAAGACCACGCCAAAGAGGAUACUGGCAAACUAUAUGGUAUGGUACGUGAUACACAGUGAGCUCAAGUGGCUUUCUGCGCCUUUCAGGAACGCGCUGCGAAAGUACCGGCUUGCAACAGGUGAUACUGCAUCUGAACCAGCUCGAUGGCAAACGUGUGUUAAAUCAGCGUUUUAUAAUUUUGAUGACAUCAUAUCAGCCGCAUAUGUCCAUGACCACCAUGCACAACUUGCAAGGCCAAUUAACAAGACAAAAGACCUUUUCAAUGAAGCCAUUCAAGCGUUUAAAGAUAACAUUAACUCACUAACCUGGUUAGAUAGUGCCACCAGAAGUAACAUAUUACGAGAGGCUAAUGCCUUGGUUGCCAAUGUCGGCUUUCCUGAUUACAUGCUGGACAGCAGAAGGAUGGCUACGAUAUUCCAAAAGUACAGUGGCCUCGUGAUCAGAAGUGGAACAUAUUUCAAAAACCAAGUAGCCGUCUUAAAGCACGAGCAGCAAAUAAUACUAAAUAGUCUAAGAACGAGCCCAGAUAGCACCUUAUGGUUUAUGUCUCCUCUCCACGGAAUGGCCGUUUACAAGGAUAAUCGAUUGACAAUCCCAGCAGCCAUCAUCAAGUCACCACACUUAUUUUCUAGCGCGUUACUAAGAUCUUAUAACUUGGGUCAUUUGGGUUCCAUUAUUGCUUACCAAAUCGUGUGGGGUAUUGGCGACAUCGGUGGUGGAUCCAGUAAAGUUCCACAAAAAACUGUCAAUGGAUUCAAUACAAGACAAAAAUGUUUAGCAGACCAAUAUUCCGCGUACAGUAUGUUUGGAAGAUGGCCUAUUAAUGGGAAGGAUACAGUUAAAGGGAAUGCUGCAGACAACGGUGCUUUAAAAAUGGCACUUAAGGCGUAUUACAACCGCAGGGAAACAACGCGUCUACAAGGACUGAAUUUAUCCAAUGAGCAGCUGCUGUACGUUGGAUUUGCCCAGGCUCAAUGUAGUUCCACUAACGCUGAUUUCCGAAGCAGAAAUCCUGGCGCAGGUACUGAUUUUGUAGAUUCAAAAACCAGGGUUAUUGGUUCGUUGGCAAAUUCCGGAGAAUUCUCCAAUGCAUUCAAUUGCAGAAGGGGCAGCCCAUUGAAUCCGAUCAAGAAAUGCUAUCUGUGGAGUAAAGACGGACUAUUGGUCUAACAAUAUGGUUUCACUUUAAAUCUAACAAUUCAUUAACAUACCAACCUGCAAUCUCUGGAUAUGUUUGGUAUUAAAUAGAGUAGUUAAUUAUGAUCAAAUAAAAUGAUCAAUGAUCAGUGCAUUGGAAA